GGUAUAAAGCGCAAUAAAGCGAACGGGAGAAGCGGAAUCCAGAAUCAGCCCAGGAACGAGGACGAAGGCGAAUCUGGAGGUCAGAGCUCGUGGUGGGACCCUGACAGACUCAGUACAGCCUUGGGACUGGUGAAGCUUUGGCCACAUACACACUCGGGCAAGCAGGACAUGGCACCCGCUCCCUCAUAAUCAGAAUGUCUCUCACCUCUCGCUCCCUCGCUUCCUCUCACUCUCCCUCUCUCUCCCUCCCUCUCUCUCCUCUCUGCCUUCCUUCCUUGGCUGGGUACUCGACCUCUGUCCGCCAAGGCAGGAAGGAAGCAGGAGAGAAGGGAAUGCGCUGCUGAAUUGUAGUCGUCUUCGUCGUGGCCAUUAACGCAGUCGCGAGGUUUCUCUCUCGAUGCCAGGGGUUAUCGUCUACACCACCCCCGUCUCGUGCCACCUUCCAUCUCCACUCUUCUGGAGAACCUCGUCUCUCAAUGGCAGCAUCAUCACCAGCACCAGCGGUCCCGAUCCCACCGCCUCGCAGCAGCAGCAGCAAUCCUCUCCGUGCGCCAGAUUGCUGAGACAGCGACGCCGAAUCGUCCUCCCGAGCGCCGAUCGUGUGCACUCCUGGCUCAUCAGACGGGGAUUGGCCUCUCGUGUCCCGAUCGAGAGGCUCAUUCAUCGCAUCGGUGGCAACCAAUUCUCGUGCCGUGCAUCGUCGUCGUCCUCGUCUGCUGGUGCUGCCGGCGCUGGAGAUGGCGCUGGAGAGGGCGCGAGGGUGGAGAGAGCAGGCGCUUGGGCAGCGCUGCUGGAGCCCAUCGAGCCGGGGGUGCCGCGCAAUCCCCACAAGGCGCUAAUCAACGAGGACUUUGCGCCGGCGCUAGCGGAGCAACGAACGUUCACGGUGUGGGACGUGGCGAGCCUCUGGGUGGGGCUCGUGGUGGGCAUCCCGACGUACUACAUGGCGGGCAGCCUGGUGGAGAUGGGCAUGUCGUGGUGGCAGGGCAUCCUCACCGUCCUGGCCGGUAACCUCAUCGUGCUGGUGCCCAUGGUGCUCAGCGGCCACGGCGGCACCAAGUACGGCGUCCCCUUCCCGGUCCUAUCCCGCGCCGCCUUCGGCAUCCGCGGCGCCAACGUCCCGUCCCUGCUACGCGCCCUCGUCGGCUGCGGCUGGUUCGGCAUCCAGACCUGGAUCGGCGGCCAGGCCAUCUUCCGUCUGCUCAACGCGCUCCUCCCCGUCCCCCUCGUCGCCGCCGUCGUCCCUUUCCUCGGCACCAGCCUCCCCGAGCUCGGCUGCUUCCUGCUCUUCUGGACCAUGCAGGUGGGAAUCAUCUGGAACGGAAUCGAGAGCAUUCGCGAGAUGGAGAAGUACUGCGCUCCGGUGCUGAUCGGGAUGUCGGCGGCGUUGCUGGCCUGGGCGUACGGGCGCGCGGGCGGGUUCGGGCCCAUGCUCUCGGCGCAGUCGCAGUUCGUGGUCGGGGGCGCCAAGGAGGGCCAGUUCUGGGCCGCCUUCUUCCCGGCGCUCACUGCCAACGUCGGCUUCUGGGCCACUCUCAGCCUCAACAUCCCCGAUUUUACGCGGUACGCGCACAGUCAGGCAGAUCAGCUUGUGGGGCAGGCGCUGGGACUGCCGCUGUUUAUGGCGGCGUUCACGUUUGUUGGAUUGGCGGUUACGUCGGCGACCGUGGUGAUCUUCGGGCGCGCCAUCUCGGACCCGAUCGAGGUGCUGAGCAUGGUGGGCAGCCUGGUGCCGACGCUUCUGGCGCUGGCGGGCGUGAUCCUGGCCACCGUGACCACUAACAUCGCGGCCAACGUGGUAGCUCCGGCCAACGCGCUGGUCAACCUCGACCCGACUGCGUUCUCGUUCCGGACCGCGGGCCUGGCCACGGCCGUGCUGAGCGUGCUGCUGGCGCCGUGGAGGCUGAUCCAGUCGAGCCAGGGCUUCAUCUUCACCUGGCUCAUAGGGUACUCGGCGCUGCUGGGCCCGGUCGGCGGCAUCGUGCUCACCGACUACUUCGUGCUGCGCCACCGGCACCUGGACGUCUCGGACCUCUACUCCAUGAGCCCCGACGGGCGCUACUGGUACUCGGGCGGCUUCAACCCCGACGCCAUGGCCUCGCUCGUCCUCGGCGUGCUGCCCAACGUGCCCGGGUUCCUGGCGUCCGCCGGUUUCGUCACCAACGUUCCCCGCGCCUUCAAGCUCGUCUACGACAACUCGUGGUUCGUCGGCUUCCUGCUCUCGUCGGCCGUCUACUGGCUGCUCACUUCCCGGCGCCGGUAAGCGACCCAUUCUCUCUCGUAGAGAAUCGUUCACGCAAUUUGCGGCCGUUUUUUCGUCUUUCUUCGGCCGUCUCUGCAUUACUGUGAUCCUCGAGGCGAUGGCGAGAGGCAGCCAUGGAGGUCCUCGCUUGCUCUCCUUGGAGCCAAUCGAUCAGCUUCCUGGAUUAUGAUCUCUCUCAUCGAGCGCACUCGGCGGCGGUGGUGCAAUUUGGGUACACGGCCUCGUCGAGAAAUUUCUGAGAAAUCAAAUCUGGCCUCGGCUGCGUCGGUGUAGAAGUAUUCGGCAGCUCGGGCUUUCGAUGGGAAGCAUCGAUUGAAGGCAAGCGGAUUCAGGAACGGGGUGACUGAGAAAUUUAUUGGAAAAGAAAGGAUCGGGGGUCGACCGCAUGCGUUCGCCCUCCUUCUCGGAAGAGAACGAGCAGCGACUGAUGGAAUUGGCGGAUGGGCCGGAUCUAGCAUUAUCUCUGAAUGGGCCCUCUGAGGUGUAAACAUGGCGGGAAGAGAUCCCGCCUCGCUCUUUCAUCGAGCUGGAAAUUCCACAAUUCAUUGCCCGAAAAGUGUCGCUUGAAGGAGACGUUCAUUUAUUAUA